AUGAUUAAAAUAAAUAAAACGGCAUUUAAUUUUAGAAGUGAAAAGGGUCCAAAACAAGCACCGAUACGACCGCAUUCAACCCCUCUUACUCUGAAAUGGCUGGACGAAAACUACGAGGUAGCAAUCGGGGUCUGUAUUCCCAGAAAUCAGCUGUACUUACAUUACCUGGACUUCUGCGACAAGAACAGGUCUCAGCCAGUUAAUGCCGCAAGUUUUGGAAAGAUAAUCCGACAACAGUUUCCAUCAAUAACUACCAGACGUCUCGGUACACGUGGACAAUCCAAAUACCAUUACUAUGGGGUUGGGGUCAAAGAGUCAUCCCCGUAUUAUGACAUCAUAUACUCCAAAAACGGGAUGGACAGCAAAGAUGACUCUAAGACGGACACCGCGAAGCCGCAUAUAGUUUAUUCACCUCGCUCUAAACUGGGGACACUACUGCCGGAAUUUCCAGAGGUGAAAGAUAUCAAACUUCCACCGGAUAUACCGCAAGAAAAGGUGAUAACAUUUGUCAUGAUGUACCGCACCCACUGUCAACGGAUUCUGGACACAGUUAUUCGCGCCAACUUCGACGAGGUUCAGAACUUCCUGCUCUACUUCUGGCAGGGCAUGCCUUCCCAUAUUAUCCCCAUAUUGGGCAGCCAGACGCUGGUCAGCCUAGUGGGAGUCUGUGACGCCAUACUGUACAAGGCCAUAGCCAGUGUUCUUAUCCCGACCAUUCUGCAGUCGUUGCCAGACAGUCUUACUCAAGAUAUUAGAAAGUUUGCAAAGCAGCUGAUAGCAUGGACACAUAGUGCAUUGGAAACAUUGCCAGAAAACCUUUGCUCUAUGAAACUGAACAUCGCCAAUCGUUUUGCUCACGUGUUACGGAGACAGACGGCGCUAAACCAUUUGUGCCAAGCAGCACGUGGUGUCGCUGAAUGUGGUGACGUCACCGACCAGAUGCUCGAUGAUUGGAGGACCAUAGAUAUCCAGAGCGUGAUAAAACAGACUCUUUACACGUUAGAUAAAUACAGGAGUGCCACAGCGGAGAUGAUGUUGCAAUUUACCCAGGAAUUUGAAGAUCUAAUGGAGAACCAAGGUACACUAGAGUCCUACGCAGAAUGGUUGGAUAGCCUCAUCAAUACAUGUGUGAUAACGCCCAGUUUCAAGGGUUCUAACAGCGUAAAGAAAUGUGCCAGACAGUUCUUAUUAUUGUGGUCGUGUUUCGGCACUCGAGUUAUAAGAGACAUGACCCUGCACAGUGCGCCCAGUUUCGGGUCCUUCCAUCUACUUCACCUUAUGUUUGACGACUAUGUGAUGUUCAAGUUGGAAAUGCUACACAGAGAUGAGGAGACAAGGAAACUUGCACAGUCCAUCAAGGGCGAGACAGUCACGGAUAAAGAAGAUGACUGUGUCUUCCCAGAUGCUUCCCUGCUUAGACAAUCUACAGUGGCAGAGUCUGCUGUAACAGGACAGGACAAAGACUGCCAUGGAAGUGUCACAGACGUGAACAGAAACAGUGUCAUAACAAGUGCUGUCCAAAAGGCAUCCAUCCAGGAAGAUCUAAUUCUAGGUCAAGGUCAAAGUCAAAGGGGAAGCCAGGUUCAUUGUCAAGGUCAGAGUCAGCGUGGCGUCCAACUGCAUGAGCAACAGCUAUCUACUACAGACAAUAGAAAUUAUUAUUACAGAAAAGGCCAUAGCAUUAGGCCAGCUCAUCAAAACAGACAUUUUUCGGAUUCUGCGAUUACUCAGGGAAAACAGAGAUCCAGCAACCUAAGCGGUUUUGCCGAAACACCAACUGCGGCAACAGGAAGGAAAAAUAUCCAAGCGGCUGCUACAAACAGUGAUAACCAGCGUCAAAACGAAUCUGCAUUACAGACCUCCGUUGUUGACUAUAGUGGUGCUUCAUCUGGUCAAGGAAGUUCAACUACCGGUAUUUAUGACAAUAACAGUACUAGUGACAGCUCUUCGAACCCUCAGUUACGGCGCCAGUUUAAGCGGCCCCACAUGUUUGCAGCGUCUUUUCCCACCAAACGCCGCGCCACAAGUUUGAAUCAAUCCAUCUACAACUACGGCGACUACCCUAGUGUAGGGGGGCAGUCAUCGGGCUCUCAAAGUUUUCAAAGACCCCACAUGUCGUCCUCGUUAAACCAAGGGCUUGUAGGCGCGGUAUGCCAGCAGGAGAUGUACGAUAUGUUUGGAGAAAACCAACUACAAUGCGAGAGGCAGGGCGGCUCGGGACCAUCUUUAUCCAGCCCAGAAGAUGCCCCAAACCACAUGCAAAGCGCCGACAGUCCAAACCAAGCACCAUUCUCGGCUACGACCACAUGGGGAUAUUGUAAUGAUGGGAGAGUAGUUUCCACACCACUACAGGCCAUGAGCAUGAUGACAUCGUACGUCCCGUCGCACCCACGUGAAUAUGCGUACGGUCAGCCCCAGUUCCCUCAACACGUGGCAUCCAACAGUUUCAGCCAUCCUCAGCAGCAGAACCAGAUGAACUUUCAAAGGUCGCCUGGGGUCACAAACCAGAGCGACAUCUAUCAUUAUGGUCCCGAUGUAUACGGCAACAGCGUGCAGUUCCAGAAAAAUCAAGAGCAAGGAUUUGAUAGUAUGGAGAAAACGAGUGGUGUGAACGAAAUGGCUAGUUAUCAAAUCGGAAAUGCAUUCAACAGAUGAUGGCUUGGUUGCAGCCACCUGAAAUGGCGCAAAUGCUUAAAAUUGUAAAGUCUAAUUUUGUAUGUCAAAAGAUAACGAGCUGAUUUUAGAUGAAUUAUGAGACUUUAAUUGUUAUAUAAUUGUAUUACAUGAUAAUGUUACUGGUACAUUGGGACUAUAGAAUUAUUUUUGUUCAUAAUAACCAAGGGCAGGUCUACAUUGGCAAGGCAAUUAUGUGUAACCAUAUGUGUUCAGUAAUUCUUCAGUAUUUCAAGAAAUGAAUUGGAAAAUAUUGUUAAAUAAUAUAGAAUAUAUGUAACAACGUGGUUAACGGCAGCUAUAUCAUGUAUCUUUUUUACUUUACCGAUACAUCAUCAUGCAUAUUAUGCUUUUAUAUAUAUUUUCUGUAUUAUUAUACUAUUUUUUUUCUUAUUUAAUGUAUAACCGAAUUACAAGUGUCGGUUUCAUACCCCCUGUUUUUGUACCAAUAUAACUGACUGAAUAUGAUAUACAGGGUACAAAUUAAUCUCGUAAGAGGUUAUGUUUUUUAGAGUAACAUUUGUUUGUUGUUAAAUUGAAUUUGUCAAAGUACAACACUAUGUGUUGGCAUAACAGUCCAGUAUUUAAUAUAUUUGUGGGUAUACAUCAUAGUGUUUGGGAUAUUGUACUUCGUUUCCUCUAUAUUCCUCCUGUGAUAAAGCCAAAGCUGAUACCAAAAGAUACUUAGACGGCUCAAUUAAAGGUGUAUCCAACACCAUUCCAAAUGUUCAUUAAAUAUUUUCAUUAAGUAACCAAAACAUAUUAUAUUCGUUGUUAAAACUUCACACAUGUAUCCUGUUGAUUUACUGUUAAAUAAAGAUAUGAUAAUAUUGAACACAUAAAAUUAUUCCUUCGACCUUGCGAUGUUGUAUCAUCGAUGUUCGUAUCAUCUCUCUCUCUC